AUGCAACCUCUAGCUUAUGUCCCGAGAAAGAUUUCGCCAAAAACACAGGCCAGUAAGAUCGGCUUCACUUAUGAUCUUGUCGAUAAAAUGUACUUUUUGUUCGUUCGUGUCGUGAAGGCAAGGGAGCUAGAAGGUAAGGAUGUGCCCGGCGGUUGCAACCCUUAUGUCGAAGUAAGGCUUGGAAACUUCACCGGCAGCACCCUUCAUUACAAUAACAAUUCAAAUCCCGAAUGGAAUCAAGUAUUCGCUUUUGAGAAAUUUCAAGCUUCCCAAGUUGAGGUUGUCGUGAAAGACAAGAACUCGAUAGCCGACGUCUCUAUUGGAAGAGUUCGGUUUGACCUUGCGGAGGUCCCAACCUGCAUUCCACCAGACAGCCCGUUGGCCGCUCAAUGGUACAAUCUUGAAGACAAGAAAGGUUAUAAGAUUAAGAAAGGAUUGAUCAUGCUUGCCGUAUGGAAAGGAACUCAAGCCGACGAAUCCUUUCCCGACGCUUGGCAUUCAGGUGCAAUCACGGUUCCAAACGAGGAAGCUCUUGUGAGGAUCCGCGCGAAAGUGUAUGUAAUGCCUAAGCUAUGGUACCUGAGGGUGAAUGUUAUGGAAUGUCAAGAUUUGGAAAGUUCGGAUAAAAAUAGGGUUCCCAUAGCUUGUGUUAGUGUUAACCUAGGAAACCAAAUGUUGAAAACAAGGAUGUCCACGGGUGUCAACUCUGUUUGGAACGAGGAAUUUAUGUUUGUGAUUGCUGAGCCGUUUGACGAGACGUUGGUUUUCAUUGUGGAGGAUAGAGUGUCGCCAAACAAGGAUGAAUUUCUUGCCAAGUGCGCAAUACCCGUUAAAACAAUAGCCAAAAGGAACGACGAUAAGAACAUAACACCCAAGUGGUACGAGCUCGAAAGACCUAGGCUAGCGGACGAGAUAGACAAAAAAGUGAACAAGUUCGCAUGUAGGAUUCAAUUAAGGAUGUCUUUGGAAGGUGGGUACCAUGUCAUGGACGAGUCCACCUACUACAUAAGCGAUACUAGACCAUCGGCUAGGGCGUUGUGUAAGUCCCCCAUUGGCCUAUUAGAGCUUGGUAUCGUUAAGGCAGUUGGAUUACCCGAAAUGAAGACUAGAGAUGGUAAAGGUUGCACCGAUGCCUUUUGUGUGGCUAAGUAUGGUCCGAAAUGGGUUAGGACUAGGACCAUCAUUGAAAACCUUUCGCCCAUAUGGAACGAGCAAUACACUUGGGAGGUUUACGAUCCUUGUACGGUGCUCACAAUCGGGGUCUUCGACAACAGGCAUAUGAAUGGAGAUGGGAAUGACUCGAGAAUCGGAAAGGUCAGAAUUCGUUUGUCGACUCUCCUAACGGAUCGAGUUUACACGCACUCGUACCCUUUGAUAGUUCUAUCACCAUCCGGGGUAAAGAGGAUGGGGGAGAUCGAAUUGGCGGUUAGAUUUACAUGCACAUCAUUUGUGAACAUGAUGCAAAAAUACAUGCAACCUUUGUUACCCAAGAUGAACUAUCUUCUUAGUGAUUUUCAUAAGAAUGUACGUGAAAUGUUGAGAAGACAAGCCAUAUUGAUAGUCGCGACGAAGUUGGGUCGAGCCGAGCCACCUCUAAAGAAAGAGGUUGUCGAUUAUAUGCUGGACACGAACACGAAGUUAUGGAGCUUGAGGAGAGCAAAGGCUAACUAUCAAAGGCUACAAGACGCCACUUCGGCUUUAAACUCAAUUGGGAUAUGGCUAAACAAAAUCUCACAAUGGAAGAAUCCAAUCACUACCAUUUUAUUCCACAUUUUAUUCCUCAUGUUGGUUUUUAACCCCGAAUUGAUCCUCCCGACACUAUUCUUCUACCUCUUCAUAACCGCAGUUUGGAGAUUCCGUUUCAGGCCCAAGGACCCUGCCCACAUGGACGUGCAACUCUCACUGGCCCAUAUACAGUUUACCGAAGACGGAUUUGAUGAAGAAUUCGACAGUUUCCCCACAACAAAAUCGUCGGAGGUCGUGAGGAAGAGGUAUGAUGCUCUGAGGGACAUUGCAGGGAGAGUACAGACAAUCACUGGUGAGUUGGCAAACCAAUUAGAAAGAUUCAAUUCCAUGCUGAGCUGGAGGGAUCCUAGAGCCUCGACUUUGUUCGCAAUCUUUUGCUUAGUAACCGCCAUUAUCUUCUACGUUGUACCCUUUCGGGCUUUGGUCUUGAUAGGAGGGUUUUACUAUCUGAGACAUCCGAAGCUUCGCCAUAAACUCCAUUCUUUCCCAAUUAACUAUUUCAAGAGGCUGCCUGCAAAAGAUGAUUAUAUGUUGUAAACACACUAACCUGUCGCAUUUGUUUGCUCCAAGAAACUGUCACUGCAUGCAAUUAUCAUCGUCCAAUCAGUCUAUCUUUG